AUGGGCGGUCAAAAAGCGCGAGCCACCGGAAAUUCGAUGCACUUCACUCGCGGCUGCGGCUCUCCAAUGUUGCCGUUUCGCCGCUGCUCCCUCAUGUUCCAGAUGGCCGAAUUCGCGUGUGAAGCGCACGCUUCAAAAAAACGUGUAAGAGCUCGGCGAGCCGCUUCACGAAAUUUCAUUUAGUCUUUCUUUUUCUCGCUCUCUCGCUCUCGAUGGGCACGAAAGAGCUCUUUGUCUUUCCUAGUCAUUGAAAUUUAUUGCAUAGACCUCAAAUGGAAUGAUUUGUGACAUUCUCAAUGGAUUCGUGAUGGUUGGAAUGGUAUCUGGCAGCUGUUUUGUUUGCUCUUCGCCAAAUAUUGAGAACGUAAGUUGUCUUAUGUAUCUUAUGGUCAGUUUAAAAAGAAAAGAAAGUCCUACGUGACUAGGGUAAUAAUGAGAUGAAAGCGAGCCCACAGUGUAACCACUUCACUCUCUCAAGUGCCAUUAUAUACAGCAUUACGGAUCAUUCUUCGAGAACCCGCGGGAGAUCCAGCCGGCUUACAUUGGUCGCGUUAUUGACUGCGAAAAGAACGAAUUCAAAACACAGGACUGUCCCGGCGCCUGCUUUUCAUUGAACGUCUCCAGCUCCACGACUGAUUCGGACUUUGGUGAGAUAAGAAACACGAGCUUUUGAGCACCAAUGUCUUCAGGAACGUCCUACGGCUGCUCCACCGCUCUGGUCCCUGAUGAUGUGGACAUGGAAGAAUCUUGCACGACAAAAACUAUCUCGAUAAGGUUAGUAAUGAUUUCAAGCAGAAUUAUAGCUCCCAACUGAAAGAUUGCUCGUUCAGAACGUCUCCAGUAUAUUCGGUGACGGCAACGUACUGCCUGUGCUCGGAAAACAACUGUAA